AGGCGGCGCUGCUGCCCCUCCCCGCGCUCGGGCUGGCGCCGCUUGGGCAGGGGCGGGGCUGCCUGCGCGUGCGCGCGGGGCGGGGCUCUGCGCAGGCGGCGCGGCGCGGGUAGCCGAGGGGCGGGGCUCCGCCGCCAUCUUGCCCCGGGCACGGGCCCGCUGCCAUGGAGCCGAGUGGGGGGGGGCGGAAGGAGCGGCCAAAGCCCCGGGAGCCGGCGGCUCGCCUGGAGAAGGCCAAGCAGAAAUCGGCCCAGCAGGAGCUGAAGCAGAGGCAGAGGGCUGAGAUCUACGCCCUCAACCGAGUGAUGACAGAGCUGGAGCAGCAGCAGUUUGACUCCUUCUGCAAGCAGAUGCAGGCCUCCGGCGAGUGAGGCGCCAUGUGCAGCCCCCCACCAACCCCCCACCCCCCUGCAGCUGCCGCUCAUCCCCUUUUCUAACCCCUUUGUUAUUUAUUAUCAAAUAACUGUUUGGUUUUUUUUUAAAUAAAAUUUGUGGUGGUUCCACGUUU